UGGCUGUUCUAUUGAUGUGUUAUUUGGCGGCAGCUGAGCAUCCAAGGUCGACCAGGGUAAAAAGGAAAGCUGCCAAGGAUCCGCUGAUGUUAUGGCCACAAGGAACAAUCCCUUACAGGUUCGACACCAGCGUAGCACCCAGAGAUAAGGCAGAGCUGAUGAAGGCCAUGGCGACAUGGAGUUCCCAGACAUGUGUGAAGUUUGCAGAGUUUACACCACAACUGGCAGCAGCCUUAGGACAUCAGGACCACAUCACAUUCACCAAACACUCAACAAACUGUGAGGCAAAGACAGGCAGAGCGCGGACUGGCUCACAGGCAGUGACAUACUCAGACUCGUGUAUGUACGGCAGCUACAAGAAUGACCCGUCAGCUGUAGCUCUACAUCUCCUGGGCAGUACCAUGGGGCUGUUUCCUGAGAUCACGCGGCCAGAUCGCGACCAGAGAGUCAUCGUGCUCACUGAGAACAUCAAGAAGGGAGAUGAAUCCAAGUUCAACAAGCUAACUGCAGCCCAGAUCAACCUGUUUGGCGUGCCAUUUGACUACCUGUCCAUCAUGAUGUGGGGUGAUUCGACGUACAGCUCCAGCCCUGCUAACCGCAAGACGAUCAUUUCCAAGAACCCGUACUUCCAGAACCUGCUUGGCCAGCGCACCAGCCUCAGCUACUAUGACAUCAAGUUUGUCAACAAACUCUACACCUGUGAUGCGAAAUGUGCGAACCGUGCAACGGCGUGUCCGGCCGCAGGCUACCGUGAUGAGAAGUGUGCCUGCAUGUGUCCGGAUCCUAACAACUGGAGGGUGGCAGCAGUCUGUCCAGGACAGGCGGACCCCAACGCAGACAAAAACUGCUACACCAAGAGGGGAGAAACAUACCAAGGAACGGUGUCCAAGACACAGACUGGGGAGACCUGUGUACCCUGGAACCAGGCUCUGGACCGCUUCUACAACAUGGCCAAGUUCCCCACCCAGCUCGCAAAGUACUACAUUGGACCACACAACUACUGCAGAAACCCUGACCCCACCUUGUUGGACCGUCCCUGGUGCUAUGUGCAGUCCAAGCUGGAUUGGGACUUCUGUGUUGUACCCAAGUGUGUGACCUCUGGAAACCCCAGUGCUAGUGGUUUGACCAACCCUAACCCAGCCAUUAAGACCUGUGACCCACUGACCAUCCCCAAAAUGAUCAUCUCCAACUGCAUCAACGGAGGGGCGUACCCGCCCGGUACUGUGUGUAACCUGGCCUGCGAGGCUGACCUGGGGAGACUCGCCUUCUCUGCAACUGUCUGCCAGGUGGACGGGACCUGGUCUGUACCUACAAACCCACUCAAGUGUGGAGGCUCUGGGACUGACUGCUAUCAGGGACGCGGUGAUACCUACAGAGGCAAAACAUCCACAACAAGAUCCGGAGCCAAGUGCUAUGAAUGGACCUCUGUGAUGGGCAUAACCUACACCAACGAGCCCUUCAAGACAAUGUACGACAUCGACAAGCACAAUUUCUGCCGCAACCCCGACCCCAUGCGGUUCGCAUCCCCGUGGUGCUACCGCAUCAAGCCAGGCACCAACCAAGUCAUGGAGGAGGUCUGCGACAUCAAACUAUGCUAAAGGAGGAAUGCUUAGACGUAGUAAACAACAAGUGUUGGAGCACUGUAGGGAGUGUGAUGUGUUAACAAGCAUGUUUAAGUGAUUACAACUCUGACAAUUUUAGGUAGCCUGGCAUAUGGAGGUAUGACAACAUACCAAAAUAUUAAACAGAAUACGGUCUUUCAAAUUUCCUUUUUUUGCAUGUUUAUAGAGAAAUUGUCCAUGAUUUAGAACAGGUUGUAUUAAAGCCAUUUAGCUAUAGGCCACUAUGUCUUAAAGAAAACUGCAGUUACAUUUUGUAGUCUUGAGACAAUCCUUGAGCAGUUUUAGACCAUUCUAGCAUUAUGUCUAGGCCUCCAUGUUAUUAAACUUAUGGUGGGGAAAAAGUAAUUAGUAAUCACCCAUGGAAUUUAUCGACCUUAUUAGUGUCUCUUGUAAAUUAUUGAUUCGCAACAUUUGUUUAACAAAAUGUGCUUGCUACUUUCAUUAAAAUAACUGUAGAUGUUGAUACAUGUAGGUACUCAUUUAUCAAUAGUGUUAAUCUUUUUAGUUGUGAUAAGUGUAUGUACAAGUUAAUCUACAUGUCUAGAGGCAGCUCAUUACAUGACUAGUUCUAUAGCCUGCUACAUACUGCCCCUAUGAGUGGUUUUUGGUAUAAAACUUUCUUAGUAAAAUGUUACAAAUAGUAUGCAACAAACUAGCACUCUUCAAGCUGUGCAGCAUGAACCAACCAUGGCAUUAUAAUAAACUUGUUCACAGUUUCAAGCAUGGUGCAAAAAAUUGUUGGUAAUAUGUGACACUGCACAUGCUCACAAGAAGUGUGAGAAAAGUUUUUUCCUGUAUUUUCAGAAUUAUGUCGGUAUGAAAUUUUAAAAAAUUGGUAUGGACAAAAUUGUCAAAUGCCCAAGUUGGAAAAAGAAUUUGAACUUGCAGGGGCAAAUGGAACUGAUAUUACAAUUUAACUUCUACCUCUUUGAAGCUGUGCUGUGGGCUUUCUGAUACUGUUUAGCACUCUUUACUUUAAUGCCCCCUAGCAGCUGAACUACCAACUACCUUAACACUGCGCUGCAGAUGGUUGUUUUUGUAUUAAAAUAUUUGUACAUGAUUGUUUUGUUAGAUACUUCAAAUCAAGGCUUCAAAAGGGGUUUUACAGACACCUAAAAAAGUUUCUGCUUUUAUAACCACUAUAAAUGUAGCUAGACUUUUUACCUUAUCCACGGAAGACGAAACAAUGUUAUUAAAAUGUAAACUUUAUUACCCAACAAUACUUCAUCAUACUAGCAUAUAAAAAAAAACUACCAAAGUAAGGAAACUCUAGGUGUAGUAUUAGAUGAUCCUGACCUGUAUGACAUUACUUAGUUUCUCUGCAAAGAGGUGUACAGACCUUCAAUUUGUGAAAGGUAUUUUGCAUGUCUUGGCAAGUUGACUGCCCAUUCAUUACUGUAGAUCUUAGUAUGGUUUUAGAUGCUGUGAAAUAAACCCUUGUAUCAACACCA